GGUUCUCCUGCAUAUCUAUAGGAGAACCAGUUUGUGACUUCGCCCAUCACUCUAUCCAAAGAUUGGUAUUCUCCGAUUUACUCGAUGAUAUACCAACAUGGACAAUGUCCCUGGACGAGAUUUUCCUUAUCUUCACCAUGAAGCUAACUUCUGUCCCUCCCCAGACAUAGAGGAGAGGCCCACCUCCAUCACUUAUCCUUAUUUAUCUAACCACGGCCAGUUUCCCAGCUCACACACAGAUUUUCCAUAUCAGCGAUAUGAUGCCUCUCAAAAUCUAGAUGCUCUCAGGUCCAACACCAACCACCCACCCCCUCUUAUGUUCUCUUUGUCCCAGACAUCAGAAGCUGUCAAAGAUGGUCAAGCUGUGUCACAGCUCAGUAAACUAGUCCCCAACAAUACUGGUGGAAUCGACCUGAGUGCCACAUCGGUUCAAUCUGCACAUUUAAAGCAUGGAGCUUUAAGUGUGGUAGGAGGAAUUCCGCAGAGUUCUCUUACAGACAAUCAGAACAAAUCUUCCCCCUGCUAUGGUUCAUACUUUGGAGGCUUUAACAAUCAUCAGGAAAUUCAGCAAGCUACCUUAAACCAGUUGGCAGAAGGUCUUUCCUAUCUUCAACAUUCAAGGCACUUUGCAGAGGAGGUGUUUUCUCCUCAUCAGACAGGAGAAAAUCUUUCAUACAUUGCAGGAAGAGCAGUCCAAAGUCACAACAAAGAUGGAGGUGGGCUGGGAUCAUGUCAGGAGCGAUCUAGUGCAAUGGCUGUUGAUAGCAUGGUGUCCAAAAACAAGGUUCAAUUUACCUCUUCCUUCAGGGCAAAUGAGGAAACUUUCACAAAAGAUAGUACUGCCAAAGGAUUAGUGGAUGAAAGAAAAUCAAUAGCUGCCAAACUGUCUCAGCUGAGAGGACAUAAUACUCAUAUCUCACAACAAAAUAAACCCAUCCAGGAUGCCACAAACAGACAGAAAUCUCUGAAUAACAGGGUAAAAUUCCUCUGGAAAGGGAACAUAGCCAGGCCCUAUCCUUUACUGAUUAACAACCCAAAGCCAUUCCUGGAUUUUUCUUUGGAGCCAAUGUACCAGUAUGAUGCCACAUUGUAUUCUGAUGAUGCCUGUUUUAUGGAAUCUGGUGUACAGCACUUCUGGCCUUAUCAUGAAUCUAGACGAAGACUUCCUAGACAAGUAAACCAACCAGUGGGGGACCCCAGUGCCUCGUACAAUGAAGGAGAUGAAGAGGAACUGCCCACCAAUCCACUGGAUUUCCUGAGGGAUUUCGUUUUAAAUGAAAAAGGACAGCUAAACAACAGUGAUCUUAAAAAACUAAAACAGAAGCUGAAUCAGCCAUUUGCAAUAACGUCACCAAGUUUUAAUAAGGCAGCAGCCAGAGCCGUCAUGACAACAACUGUGGCAGAUAAUGCUACUAUGGUAACCAUAUCCAUUGCUAAUAAGAAACCUGGGCAGUCUACUUUAACCACCACAGGGGAACCUGCUGUCAAAAGUUCAGUCCUGCCUCCCACUCUGAAGAAAGAUUCAUUUGAAAAGUCAAAAAAUUCUCUGAAUUUUAGAAACGAGGAGAAAGAAAACCAAAAUGAAACCGCUUCACUACAGUUAAAAUCCAAUCAAAACUCUUAUGAUGGGAACAAGGACAGAUUAGAAAUAAACAUUCGAAUUGAUGACUCGCAGUUAGUGCAGCAUGGCGAUCAAAAACGAUGGCAAUGUCUCUUAUGUGAAAAAUCGUACACCACAAAGCACAAUCUGGUAACACAUAUUCUUGAUCACAAUGGCAUUAAACCUCACUUGUGUAUGGUGUGUGGAAAAUACUUUAAACAGCUGAGUCAUUUGAACACACACAUGCUUACACAUGACAAUAUCAAGCCUCAUGUGUGCACCAUCUGUUCUAAAAGCUUUACGCAGGUGUCUCACUUAAAGAGGCAUCUGACGGUCCACAUGUCAGAUGAAAGACCACAUCAGUGUGAUAUUUGCGGCAGGGGAUUCACAUUUUCUGAUGAGCUUCAAGCGCACAAAGAAAAACAUGAAAAGGGAGAGGAAAAUCGGUGCACAGAGUGCGGAGAAGAAUUUAAUUCUCAGAAGGCUCUAAAACUGCACAUGGGUUACCAUGGGAACAUCCAGAGUCUUGGUUGUAAAUACUGCAACAAGCUUUUUAGGUAUCCAAGUCAACUUAAGGACCACCUUUUGACGCAUGAGGGAGCAAGGCCUUACAUGUGUACUGAAUGCGGAAUGGACUUCCUCAAAGAGCACCACUUAAAAGCCCAUGAAUACACACACAGUGGAAAGAAACCAUGGGAGUGCCCUCACUGUAGAAGGUGCUUCAACCAGAAGGCCAACAUGCAGCGCCACCUGCUGAUUCACAAUGCUGAGCGGAAAUUCAAGUGCGAGACUUGUGGGAAGACUUUUACACAACCACAGACUCUGAAGGCUCACAUGAUUGUCCAUGCUGAGAAAAAGCCAUUUAAAUGCCAGUUCUGUGGUAAACAGUUUGGGCGACUCCAUAACCUACAAGGCCACAUCCACAUGCAUAACAACUCCAAACCCUUCGUCUGUUUCUGUGGCAGCUCAUUCACUCUCCGAGGAAAUCUUAAUCGACAUAAAAAAGUUAAACAUGGAUUAAAUGAAAGCACAGAAAACUUGGAGGAGCAGGCAGUAAGUUUUCUGAAUGAACUCAGUGAUCGGUCGAGGCCAGAGUCCGAGAGCAAAGGAAAAGGAAAGAAUGACAGUCUCUCAGAGACAAUGAACUCCGACAGUGACGAUGAAAAAGAUUCAGAUCAGAGUAACUCCAGGUCACUAAGGAAAGCCCGAAAAUCAAUACCCCGCAAGUAUACAUACAAACGUAGAUCACACCCAGAUGACACCAAAGGUAAUCAUUCAGAGGAGGGAGAAGAGGAGGAGGAAGGCUCGGAAAUGUUUGAGGAUGAGGAGAUUAACACUGAAGAAAAAAAGCAUCUCCGAUCCACAAAGAGGAAGCGAUACGAGCCGGAGCGAGUGUAUGUCUCGGAGGACGAGGGCAAAGAAGCAGGGGAUGAUGAUUACGAUCCGAGUAGUGAUUCAUCUGACAAGACUAAUAAAAGGAGGCGAGUGUGACAGCAGAUCAGUAGGUACACAAGUACGUGGUGUACUCAGUCAUUCUGAAAUCUUGUGUUGGUUGCACACAAUACUGGAAAAAAUAUGAAAGUCUUUAAUGGUUUCAUAUAAUUUGCAUGCUGUAUUAAUAGUUUUCCAAAGAAUGUUGAGGAGAUUUAAGUUGUAGAAUGGUGUUUCUGCUUUGUUCUCUGAAGAAUUGUGAUCAGCUAACUUGUGAUGACUUAUCUAAUUGACAGAAAUAAGGAAAUCUUGCUGUGUAAUAGUAUUCUGAUGCCUAUCGGUACAGUUUGUUCAUCAGUACAAUAAAACGAACAAACGUGCCCUUGAGACUGUACAGAAGAGACUCAUUGCUAGGAUCUGUCUACCGUGCUGUAAUGUUUAAUUGCAUUUUGAUUAUUUUCUUGGGAUUUAUUCAUUGCUAUUUCAAUACACUUCCAUUCGUUUGUUGAAAAAUUGAAAAAUACAAAUUGAAGUUGAGAUUUAUAUUUGUUUCCUUAAUCAAAAGUAUGAUGUGAAUUUUGACGUGCAAAAAAUUACAGACUGUUAAUAAAUCUUUCCAUGGCAAAAGUUUAUGAAGUCAGUUGUAAGAAUCUCGAGUCGAGUUGCUUGAUUCUCAAAGUUGUGUUGUCCAAUUCUUUAUAUGUAAGUUCGGGCUGUUCGAUUCUCUUAAGUUGUCACCAAUCAUUUGAUGCACUAAUUAUAAAAUCAUGAUAACUCUUCUAAUAUGCACAUGAAUAAAUGUUAUUUGGUUACCAAA